ACAAAGUGUUUAAUCAUUUAUCUAAGACAAAUGAUCAAAAUCUUUUAUUAAUUGAUAACCUUUUCAAUAAAUAGGUGCGCUUGCUCGAAAUAUUUCACACGGUUCCUUUUUCUCGUCGUCAUAAUGAAGACCGCUCUAUUAUGUUUCCUCGUGGCUACGGCCUACACUGCAUAUGCAGGGCCAGCACGAUCAGACUUCUCAGAGCACCGAGUAUAUCCACGGUUCAUCAAGUUCCCUGAUGGCAAUGAAGUAUUACAUGAUGUAGACCUUGAAGCUCCAGCCCAACAAUCAUUCCUUGAUGAAGUCAACAGAAACCCUGCUAACAACCAGUAUCUGCUGUUUACCAGGCGUAAUCCAAGAUCAUCCCAGUCUUUGGUCAUGAACAACGUUGGUUCAAUCACUUCUUCCAACUUCAACCCUAACCACCCAACAGUUGUCAUUGCUCACGGCUGGCUCAGCAACCAGGAGACCAAUAUCAAUCCUACCAUCAGAGACGCUUAUCUUAACAAGGGUGAAGCGAAUGUCAUUGUCUUGGACUGGAGAAGGCUUGCGAUCUCCAACUACGUCACAGCCGUCAGAGGAGUUCCUGCUGUCGGUCGUGGUCUUGGACAGUUCUUGGCUUUCUUGAACUCCGUGACUGGCGCUCCUUUCAACUCCAUGCACCUGGUCGGCUUCAGUUUGGGCGCUCACCUUGUUGGUAACGCUGGUAGACAAUUAGGAGGAAGAGUUGCUCGUGUCACAGGCCUCGACCCUGCUGGUCCCCUAUGGAAUCUCAACUCCAACCGCAUCAACCCUAACGAUGGUAUCUACGUUGAGGCUAUCCACACCGAUGGCGGUUACACCGUCGGAGGUCUUGGCAUCGGAUCUGAUGUUGCCAAUGCUGACUUCUACGUCAACGGUGGCAUCUCUCAACCUGGUUGCUUAACCAACGUCUGCAACCACAACAACGCCUGGAGAUAUUUCGCUGCUACAGUGACCUACAACCAUAUUGUUGGUAACCAGUGCUCGAGCUCAUGGCAAAUUACUUGGAAUAACUGCAGUGGUGCAAGACUGAACAUGGGUAACGACGAUUUGAGGAAAUCUGGAUCUGGACGAUUCCGUGCCAACACCGGCAGGAGAUACCCCUACUAAUACGACGACUCACUCACUCAUAGUAAUAAAGGACCUAUUUUUUA